AUGUUACCAUGCAUUAACUGGCUGCAGCCUCUCCUUGCCUUGAUCUCUUCCAUCUUGCUUACACGAGGCCACAACUGUCCAUCCAGCUGUUUGUGUCCAGACCACCACACUGUGGACUGCACCAGCCAAGGUCUAACAAGAGUCCCGGACUCCAUCCCUCUGGACGUUCGCCGUCUCCUGCUCCCCAACAACUGGAUUACCUGGAUCCCUUCCGACUUCCUGGUCCUCUACAGCGAUCUGGUCUACCUGGAUCUAAGGAAUAACUCCCUCUCCCAGCUGGAGCCAGGGACCCUGAGCACCUCUUCUAGAUUAGUCUUCUUGGACCUGGGGAGCAACAACCUGACAGAAAUCCCAUCCGGGACAUUUGGGGAGUCCAGGAGUCUGAUCAAACUGCGCCUGGGAAACAACCCCUACCUGAACAUGAUCGGCAGGGACGCCUUCAUGGGGUUGACUUCUUUGCGGGAGUUGGAGCUGGAAAGAACUGGUCUCACGGAGCUGGACGUCAGCGUCCUACAGUCCCUGCCCUCCCUCCGGAUGUUGCGUCUGGAGGGUAACCCCUGGCUCUGCAGCUGCCACUUUGCCAAACUCUUUGUAUGGCUGACAGAGAACCGCCACAAGCUCCCAAAGGGUAUGGAGGGGAUGGAGUGCUCCCUGCCUCUGGAUGGCCGUCGGGUUCCCCUCAGUUUACUCUCUGAAGACAGUUUCCGGGAGUGCCGCGGUACCCUUACCCUCACCGACUACCUCAUCGUCAUCUUCUCUGGCAUCUCCGUCUCAGUGGUGGCCAUUGUAGCCAGCUUCUUCCUCGCCUCCACAGUCCACUGCUUCCAGCGCCUCAGCAAAGGCAACAAAGGAGACGAGGAAGAAGGGAACGACUGAUGGGGGAAGGGAAGGACUGAUUUAAUUAAACGCAAGUGUGCUCUUGCUCAGAAGUCCUGUUGGUAUCCCAGAGAAAGCUCGACGAAACAGGAGAGCAAGCAGAGAUCUGUGGUGGGGAGGGAGGAAAAGCUCUUCACCUGUCAAAUCCAAGAUCACACUAUGAGAGUCACCGACACAUCGGAUAGGCUCGAAUCACUGUGAAGGUAGAGGUUUCUGCUACUGCGUACAGGAGCGACUGUAGAGACGCUGGGCAGCACAGACAGCUGGAGUACAGUA